AUGAACGUAUUUAGAGGAGGAUUGCAACCAGAAUUGCGCAAAGAAGCCUGGAAAUAUCUUCUUGAAUAUAGGAAAUGGGAUGAAACUAAUGCUCAGUUUGAAAAGAAACGAGCGAAACUUGCGAAGGAAUAUGAAAGGCUAAAGGCUCAGUGGAUGUCCAUAAGUGAAGAUCAGGAGUCACGAUUCUUCAGCUACAGCAAGCGAAAGGGCCUUGUAGUAGUUUUGAAGUCCGGAACUUUUACACUUCUGCGUUACUGUACUCAAGCUAGAAAUAGAUCUACCUAUGCCUCAUUUGGUCGCGUUUUUUCGUCCGAGGGUGACCCGGGAAACCAUUAUGACUCAUGUUUCCAAAGAUCACUUGAUGAAAUCAAAUGUUGA